AUUGGCCGCUAUCAGUCGACGAAUAAAAAUGCUUUCUUGAAAUAUCACGUGAACUCCAUAUCAUUUCUUAUCAAUGAUUGGCAGCAAACUGAGUAAAUAAUGUUGAAGUAUUUAAAUUGCUGUUUUCACCAAUGUAGAAAUUUCGUUAGCAAAGUAAGAAUGGAGCGAUGGAGUGGUCGGGUCGUAUUAGUCACUGGCGCGUCCAGUGGCAUUGGUGCCGAGAUAUGUAGAGAGCUUGUUCAGUAUGGAAUGAAAGUAGUAGGAUGUGCUAGAAAUGUUGAUAAAAUUCGCGAAAUUGCCGCCGAAGAAAGUGUCAAAAAAGCAUCUGGUCAUCUCCUACCUAUAAAAUGUGAUCUUGCCAAUGAAACUGAGAUUCUUGAUAUGUUUCAAGAAAUUCGUGAGCAAUAUGGCCGUUUAGAUGUUUGCAUUAAUAAUGCAGGAUUUAGUACUAAACAUUCCCUUUUGGAUGGAGAGACUCAUUUAUGGAGAAGUAUGCUAGAUGUUAAUGUGUUAGCUCUUUGCAUCUGCAACAGAGAAUCAGUAAAAUUAAUGAGAGAAAAAAAUAUUGAUGAUGGUCAAAUAAUUAAUAUUAGCAGUAUGUCUGGUUAUCGACUUGCAUCAUCCAGAGCAGCUUUCUAUGCAGGAACUAAGUUCAUGGUUCGUGCUCUUACAGAAGGUUUAAGAAGAGAGUUGACAGGGGCAGGAACUCACAUUCGUGUUGCAAGUAUCAGCCCUGGUGUAGUGGAGACAGAAUUUUUCUUUCGAAUGAAUGAAGACAAGAAAAAAACUGAAGCUUUGUACCAAAGUAUGAAAUGUCUGCAGGCCAAAGAUAUUGCUGAUUCAGUUGUAUACAUUUUGCAAUCACCUCCACAUGUUGAUGUGAAUGAUAUUCUCAUUAGACCUGUUGAGCAGGAAUCUCAGAGAAUGGAUCGUUGGAGAGGUCGCGUCGUUUUGGUUACCGGUGCAUCAGUCGGAAUAGGAGUCGGAAUUUGCAGAGAGCUUGUUAACCAAGGAAUGACUGUCGUGGGUUGUGCCAGAAAUGUAGAAAAAAUUCAGGCUAUUUCUGAAGAAGUCAAAAAUUCACCAGGGACAUUGACAGCCAUUAAAUGCGAUCUGAGUAAGGAAUCGGAUAUCCUCGAUAUGUUUCAGGAAAUCAGACAGCAGUUCGGGCGGUUGGACGUAUGCAUUAAUAAUGCCGGCCUGAGUCAUAACAGCCCAUUAUUGACGGGUGAGACCAGUGAAUGGCGACAGAUACUUGAUGUAAAUGUACUAGCUCUUUGUAUUUGCUCUAGAGAAUCCAUAAAGUUGAUGAGGGAAAAAGGAAUUGACGAUGGCCAGAUCAUCAACAUUAGCAGCAUUUACGGAUAUCAAAUAACUACUGCGUAUCCUGGUAUUCACUUUUAUUGUGGAACCAAAUUCAUGGUACGAGCGCUGACGGAAGGAUUGCGAAGAGAAGUGAAAGAAUUGAACAGUCAUAUAAGAAUAGGAAGUAUAAGUCCUGGUUUCGUGGAAACACAGUUUGUGCACACUUUUUUCAAAAAUGAUGAGGAAAAAGUUGCCUCUCUUUUCGGUUCUGUGAAAUGUUUGCAGCCGAAUGACAUUGCCGAUGCCAUUGUUUAUAUUCUGUCAACUUCUCCCCAUGUGGAAGUGAACGAUAUUAUAGUGGAACCCGUUGGGCAACCUCAUGCUACUAAACUAAAAAUUGUUUGAAGCUUCUGAAGUGCAUUCAUCUGCUUCUGUUUAUCAUAGUGGAUCUAGAACACUGUUAUAUUUUGAAUAUAUUAAAUAUGUUUAGAAAGAGACAAGCAUACGAUUUCAGUAUAAUAUGACAUUAGAAAAAAGAAUAAUAAAAUAUUUUGGUAAUAC